AUCAUGGACGUUCAAACAAACAAAGAAUAAUCUAGAUCAUUAUAUCAUCAUCAUCAAAAUAAAAUAGAAAACAAAAAAAUAAAAAGAAACACAGAAAAAGAAAACAAGGCGCAAAUUAAGGAAAAUAAAUAAAUUAUCCGCGUCCCAUGAAAUUGACACGCAAAAUAAAAAAACCAUUUAUAUAUUGUCAUUAUCAGAAUUUCAGAAAAAACAACAAAAUUCUCUCAGAAAAAACACACUUCAGCACUUUUUCAACCGUUGAUGUUGUUCAUAUCUAUGUCUUUUCUUCACCACCGUUGAGAUUUUCAUGCUUAUGUUCAUAAUCUGCUGUAAUUAGUGCAAGCUUUUCAUCAAUCAUUUGUUGCAGUUUGAGGUUUGGUUGAUUUUUCUGGUUCUUGAUUACUUCUUGAUUAUUCUUGAUUAUUUGAUUGAUUAGUAGUAGUUGUUGUUGGUGUUUUUUAGAGUUGAAAGGUUAUAGUGAUUGUUAAGUGUUUGAUUUAAUGUGUGAAUGAAUGGAAGGUUUUGAUCAAAGUGGUAAUAAUCAAAAAAAUAUUCAUACAUUUAGUUCUUCUUUAGGUGCAUCUGCCAAACCCCCAAUUAGGUUGAAUUCUAUGCCUAUUAAUCAAAUUAAUCAAAUGGGUUUUCCUGAAAAUCAUAAAAGUUCUGGUCUUGGUAUACCACCUUCAUAUCCUAAUACCAAUACUAGUUUAUCACCUAAACCUUCAUCUCCUUAUCCCCAAUUUAUAGGCUCACAAUCCCAAAGUCAUUCUAGGUCUUCAUCUCAGCCAACUUUUUUCUCUCUUGAUUCAUUUUCCUUGCCUCCUUUGAGUCCUUCAGUUUACCCUCCUGUAAGUUCCAAUCCUUUUUCUGAUUCGGGUUCGAAAGAUAUUUCUAUGGAGGAAAACUUUGGUGUCUCUCAUGCACCUUCGCCUAGCCGCGGUCAUGCUGUUCAACAUGGUCUUUGUCUUCCCCCUCGUAAAGGGCAUAGACGCUCUAGCAGUGAUUCGCCUUUAGGGAUAUCGGAAUUCGUUAACUCUGUCCCUCAGUUGGUGGGUGAUCGUCGAAAUUUGGUUUCUGGAGGAGAGAAAUCGGGUUAUGAGAAGCCGGUUCAGUUGGUGUUGAAGGGUAGGGAUAGUGUUGAUGGGUUUAGGGGAGAGAUUUUUGAUGGGAAGAAAGAGGAUACAAUGGAUGAUUUGUUUACUGCUUACAUGAAUUUGGAGAAUAUGCAUAAUAUGAGUUUUUCCGGUAUGGAAGAUAGCAGAACUAGUGGUUCGAAGACUGUUGAAAGCAGUGAUAAUGAAGCUGAGAGUCAUGUAAAUGUAAAAGGAAUAGGUGCUAAGGGUGCAAGUUCAAGCGGUUCAGAUGAGAGGAGGGAAGGAGUCAAGAGAAAUUCUAAUGGAGAUAUUGCGCCGGGUAGUCGGCAUAGGAGAAGUUUCUCAUUGGACAGUUCUAUUGGAAAUUUUCAGUUUGAAGAUGGAUCGCCUAAGCUUCCUCCUUUACAAAGUCAAGCUGGUCAACACUCGCCAAGCAAUUCAAUGGAUGGUUGUAAAACACCAGAAAUCAGCAUGGAGUUUGGAAAUGGUGAAUUCAGCUCACAGGAAAUCAAGAAAAUAAUGGAAAAUGAUAAGCUUGCUGAAAUUGCCGCGUCUGAUCCCAAGCGCGCAAAGAGGAUUUUGGCCAAUCGUCUAUCAGCUGCUCGCUCAAAGGAGCGGAAGAUGCGAUACAUUUCUGAAUUGGAGCACAAGGUCCAAACUCUUCAGACAGAGACUACUACACUGUCUACUCAGUUUACCAAAUUACAGAUGGAUAAUUCAGAGCUUAAAAAUGCGAAUAACGAGUACAAAUUGAGGCUUCAAUCCAUGGAACAGCAGUCCCAACUGAAAGAUGCUCUGAAUGAAACUUUGGAUGCUGAAGUCCGGCGCUUAAGACGCACUGUAGCAGAACUAGGUGGAGAAUCCCUCUUGUCGAGUCUCAUGGCUCGACAGCUUGCUCUUAACCAACAAAUGUUCCAAUCACAGCAUCAGCAACCUACCCAGCUUAGAAAUUUUCAACCACAGAACAGCCAAUCUCAGGAAGAAACACAGACUCAGUCACAGCAGCAUAUUCAACGCAAUCAUGAAUUCCAAUCCAAGCAUCAGAAUGGGAAAACUACUGCAUAAUGAUUGCAGUAAAAGGUAUAUAAGCAAUUCAUGAUAUGUGGUUGCUCUUGAUUCAUACUCUUCAAAAUAUAUUCUUUUAUAUGGAGCUGAUGGCAUAUAAUCAGUUAUAUGUAUAGAAGCAGUGAACUAUAUCAGUUUGCUUGCCUAUAUAGGCCUGUUCAUUAUCUUUAGACUUUAGCUUAUAAAAAAAUUCCUUCUAAAUAAUUUAUUUCACCCAUGUAUACUGGGAAUGUUUUUUUAUGUUAGUCUAGACACCUAUUGGUCUUGUUCCCCAUUCCUUAUUGAAUUCUGGAUCUUUUUAUGAGGAUAAGCCUUUCAUUAUGUUAUUAGCACCCAAGUUUUGGCUGCUACUAAGUUUAUUUUUGGGCAGUUUGUUUUUUAAUGGCAAAAUGUGUAUGGAGGAAUGUGGUAGUAAGAAUCUAAGUAUUUAUCUCAACUUGUUUUUGAAUGGCAAGUUGUUAGGAGUUUGAUCUCUGA